UAUAGGAGCGCGCUUUUUGUCAACUUUCCAAAAACUUUCCCCUCGGACUUUUCAAAACAAAGAGAAGAAUGGAUUCUUUGGUCCAGCAGGUUUUGAUUGUUUGCCCACAUGUAUCAGCUGAUGAUGCACGGAGAGAUCUACUUUAUACAAAAGACCCUCAAGAUACAAUCAACAGAAUAUUUGACGGGAACUUUCUGAUAGGUAUUCCUGCUGAUGAGCCUGCUGAAAAAAGCUCAAGAAUGCCACUGGGUAACCACCCUCCAAAAAAAUCUGCACCACCAUCCUCGGCCGGAUGCAUGCCUCACAAAGAGAGGAACAACUUCAACAUAGUCCACAAUGCAUUGUUUCGUACAUCAGAGCAUGCCUUGCCCUCCGAUGGAGACCACCAGCAAGGAAAAAUGACUGACCAAAAUUCACAGAGGUACAAUGAUGGGACCAGUGCCAUCCCUGUCAUAAGCUCUGAUUGCCAUGGUAACAGUGAUGACAACAGUGAUGACAAUGAUGAGGAGCUCCCUUCCAUCUUUGCAUCUCGCAGACUACAUGGAACAUCAAGAGAGGACACUAGGGUAGCAUUUAACUUUCCCAAGGAAGCUAGUUUCUUACCAGGAAACAGGGAAGGGGAGACGCAUGGUGUGUCCCAAGGAUUAGCACAUGGUAACUCCUGCGCCAAUAGGACAAAGUCUUCAAGGGUUUGCCACAUUGACAUAUCCAGUAGCGACAGUGACAGUGAUGAAAAACAUCAGAAGAUAGGUUGCCUAGGUAAGCAGACAAACCAAGGCAGGAUGAAUGGAGCAAUGACUGUUCAUAUAGACUCAGAAUCGUCAUCGGAUGAGGACGACGUCAUCCAACUGGGUUUGCUUCAAAGACUAGAGGAGCAAAGGAAGAAAUUCAAGGCAGCUCCGAGCAGCAGUCAGGAAUCGUCUCAAACUUCAACGAUAUCUUCCUCCAAAAAAACCUCUGGUGUGGAUAGGAAGAUUCAUGAAAAGGUGAAAGAUGCCAUCUUGGGACGUGGACAACUGCACCAAGCUGACCACGCUCUGAGUGAUAGUGACAUUGAGCCUGAAUCCAUAGAAAUGACUGAUCAAACAUCAUCUCAUUAUGACACAUCAUCCAUGCCAUACACCACCGAGACAGAUUCCCAAACCUUGACAUCACAGGAGAGCAGUUCAUCUUUGUCAUCGGGUCAUCUAAAAACAAAGAGAACGCCAGAAGAAAUACAGGCCGCCAAGUUGAGAGCAUUGGAGAAGAAGAAAGAGAAGGAGAGACAGAGGCAAGAGAGGUUGAGACUUCAAGAAGCAAAGAAACAACAAAAACAAAGGGAGGCUGAUCAAAGAAAGACACUAAGAGAUGCCAAACGGGCAGAGAAACCAGGAGAAUGUUUGAAGUACAUGACAGUUGUUCUGGACAACCAUGUGAUAGAGGAUCCUUGCGGGGCGCAGAUCUUGGCUAAGCUUCAGACUCUGGGAUGUAAGUACGUCAUUGAGGCUCAAUCUAUCCCAUCAUGCAUCAGGUGGAAGAGAACCGUCCUGGAAACCAAUCUUCUCGGAGAGGACAUUCAGCUUGAUUCUCUGACUCGUAUUAAGGAGGAACCUGAAGCCAUGGUUGUCCUUUGUCCUGCAGAGUUUGUGGAGAUGGUCUAUUCUUACAAAUGUGAGCAGAGAGGUGAAUAUACCGUUGGUUCAAGAACACUAUGUGAUCAUGUGAAAGACAUGCAGAGACAGCUUGGAGGUAUCAUGCCCACGUUGGUGGUACAGGGCAUGGAGAAAUAUUUCAGGUCCAAGAAGAAUGUCCAUCAAAGACAGUACAGGAGUGCAGUGCUAGGAGUAACAGGUGAAGAGAAUGGGAGAGGAAAGAAAAGGAAGAGGAAACCUGAAGACAUUGAUGUAGUGGUGUCAAGAGUAGAUGUUGAGGAGGCUUUGGUUGAUUUGCAGUUGAAGCUGACAUGCAAUAUGCGCUUUGUAGAGACCAGCGAUCAGAUAGCUGACCUGGUGGCCAUGUUUACCAAAGCUGUGGCUGAAACACCUUUUAAGAGGAAAAGAGAUGAGGCUAAGUUUUCCUUCCAUGUUCAUGUUGACUGGGCCGGUGGGGUCAAGGUGGCCAAGGAUGGAAAGGGACUGCUAAAGGUCUGGAGGCAACAGUUUCAACAGUUCAGGAACGUCAGUCCAGAGAUAGCAGCGGCCAUCGUAGCUCAGUAUCCCUCUCCUCAACUUCUGUGGAAGGCUUAUAAGAAUUGUCCAACAGAGGAUGCUGCUAAAAAGCUUCUCCAAGAUAUUGUGGUGCGUCGUGGAGAGGGCGUCCUAGCAACAUCAAGACGAGUAGGACCAGAGCUGUCGAGACGGGUGUAUCACCUCUUUACUUCUAACAAUGGUGAUUUAGUCUUAUGAUGAUGUACAAAUAUUAUAAAACAGAUUCAAGGAUGUAGCCAAUAGUGAGUGGGUAUGAAAGUCACAUUUGCUUUGAUUCUAUGGAACCUCUCAGCCGUGCAUUUCUUGUGCAUCACUGUGCAUUUUGUGUGCAUCAUUUUACCAUAGGACGUAAAAACAGAUGCCAUCUGGAAUAUGCGUUCUUUCAAAGAAAAGGCUAUAGCAAAAAUCUUGAUGUACUUUGGCGUGCAUACUAGAUACGCCUGUGAUGCCAUAAUAGAAAAUGGGGUGAUCUCUUUAUCGGUACGAUCCUUGAAUAUUUAGAGAGAUUCUCGGGAGGGAUUUGAACAACAUUUGUACUUAAAGGUCAAGUCCAGAAAAACGUUGAUUUGAAUAAAUAGAGCAAAAUCAAACUAGCAUAACGCUUAAAAUUUCAUCCAUAUCGGAUAUAAAGUUAUGGCAUUUUAAUGAUUCGCUUAUUUUUCAUCAAAAAGGUGAUAUGCGCAUUUCAGUGUCAUGCAAAUGAGUAAGUCGAUGAUUUUUACUU